CUUCUUUAGGAUCAGUUAGCAAUUGGCUGUUGGAUUGAAACGAAGUUCUAAAAACGAUGCAUCUGUUUGCGGUUUUCAUUGCGCUGCUCUGUAUGAGCGUAAAUUGCCAGGCGUUCAGAGAUGAGCCCGAAUACGUGGACUAUUCAGAAAUUACCGACCUGGAGAACGCGUACACCCUAGACAAAUUGAUCAAUGGAACAGACGAGAACUUCAUCAGCAGCAGUAAUGGAACGGACCAUGAAACUUUUCCUAAGUGGCCAGUAAAUAAUACAAAUAGUAAUAAUACUAACGAAGGUCGGAUUCUUGGUGGAACGGCAGCAACACUUGGUCAAUUUCCUUAUUUUGUCUACGUUCUGGGAACUAAAGCGGACGGAACCACUACCAUCAGUUGCGGAGGUGCACUUUUGUCUGAAAGCUGGGUUCUCACCGCCGCCCAAUGCGUUGCACAGGCUGCCUCAAUACUUGUAUAUGCCGGAGCAAUAGCACCACCGGCGACUGGGGACACCACAGGCAAAGCGGGACAGGCAAUAAUCCACCCAUACUACAGAUCCAAUUUUGUAAUUCACGACGUUGCCCUUGUCAGACUGUUCAUUGCGUUUACACUCAGUGGAACAAUCAGUCCCAUCAGACUGUCAAAGAACUCAGCCUCCAUUGAUAACGUCUCAGUACGCACAAUGGGAAUGGGAACUGCAGACGAUACUACGGGUGCGGGCACUGCCUUGAACUACGUCGACUUGAAAAAUAUCCCGAGAGCUACAUGCAACAUCGCCACAGACACAGCGUACGUCACUUACCCACCAACCGCUGGUUGUUUGGACCCUGAAGGCACUACAAAAAACUUCUGUUUGGGAGAUCGUGGUGCACCCGUGGUGUACAAUUUUGACACCGGUCUGGUGGUGAUCGGCAUCACAAGCCAACUGCAGGGGUGCGUCAGCAACGCUUACCCCAGUUCGUACACCAAAAUCCUUCCUUACUUGGGCUGGAUUAGAGAGAAGACGAAAAAAAAUUUUACAUGAGUGCUAUGCCAU